GAUGACCGUUUGCAAUGUGUAUUUCAUAAGGAAUGUGGACCAAAAUAAGUGAAAGUGGAAAAAUAAGCAACAACAUGCGUUAUUAAAAAUGAAAGGUUAUAUUAACUAUACCCUUAAGCGGUAAUCAAUUGAUUUAGGAUUUUAGAAAAAAAAACUAAAUCUGUCAAAUGCUGCUCAGAGAGAGAAAAAACUAAGCUAACUGUUCCAAUAGUACAAAAUGCUUAUAGAGAAUGGCUAGUAUGUUGUGUAACAGUUAUUUGACAACCAACGAUAAAUAUGUAUGUACAUAUGUAAUUCCAUGUACAACAUAUACAUACAUGCAAUACACUCAAGAAUGUAGAGAUUGUGAAUUGUGCAAGUAAACUCUAAUCACAAUACAUCUUCAAUUAUGUUGGUAGUGUCCUAAGAAGAGAAACUAUCCAAACCCAGCUCCGUAAGAUGGAGAAGCAGCAACACUACACUUUUUUACCGAAUACUCGUUUAAGGUGGAUAACUAUACACGUCAUCGUGAUACUGCUAUUACAACUUAUUCAUUGUGUUACUUGCGGAGAGAAAUUGGCGCUUUUAUCAGCAACACUGCGUACAUAUCAAAAAGCAGCGUGCGAUACCGAUCAAGUGGCUAUUGCUUGCCCGCGUGGCACCAGCAUAUCAAUUGAAUUCGCACAGUACAAUAAUUUCAAAAACAAAGAUGGAUUUAGCAUCGAUGAGCUAUGCCCGCUGCAUCACACUGCCAAACCAGUACAAGCGAAAGCUAAGCACCUCCUGCGUGGAUCUACGUUUGGUUCUCCAGGGCAGAAAAUUUCAACUACUCAAUACACCUACAACGGGUACAGCCAGGCCAUACCAGCCACGGAAAUACCAAGCACAAGCUCACAAACGGAUACAGUUAUGACAGAAGAAAUAGAAGAAAACGGAGUGCGUCUAGAAAACGCUUCAAGUAGCAAUAUUACUGACGAUAUAAACUCUGAAAAUUGCAUGUGGCCAAAUGCGUUGCAGUACUCACUGUUGCAGACGGUCGUUGAAGCAUGCCAAAAAAAGAAACACUGCAAAUUCAAUGGUGCUCCACACUACUAUCGACUGACCACAACUGGCGACGCUAGCAGUAAUUAUAGUACGACUAGCAACAUAAGUGUGGACCCCUGCCAUAAACGCCGCAAAAUCGUUGAAGUGGCUUAUAAAUGUCGUCCAUAUGAAUUCCGCAGUAAAGUCGCCUGCCACAAUGAUGUAGCUCAGUUGGAAUGCAACCCUUAUUCUCGCAUUGCGGUCUACAGCGCAAGCUUUGGACGCACAGAGUAUGAAAGUAUUCAAUGCCCCCAACCACAAGGAGUUCGUGAAGAAACUUGCCAAGCAUCCUAUGCCACCGAAACAGUGAUGCAGAUUUGUCAUGGACGUCGCCGAUGCAAUUUAGCUGCUGAUGCGAACACUUUCGGGUCUCCGUGCAAGCGAAACUCGCGAAUGUAUUUGAAAGUGGUUUACACCUGCGUGCCAAUGCAAGUUUUAAAGGACCGAUACGAAUCGGAAAUUGAAGGAGACGAGACUGAAGAAUUUGAGGGGGAUAACGAAUUGUAUGACGAUGAGCUGAGCUACAAGGAAUCCGAAGCUAUUCCGAAAGUGUACAGCAACAGUACCGCUACAUCCGCCAGAACGAAUGGUACACAAUUUUCCACACCGGGCUCUUUGGACGCCAAUAGAGUGAAUAUAUCAUUUCAUCUUGAAGUUCCGGACAGUGCUGGUAUUAAUCCUGUUAUGACUCAUAGUGCUGACUUGAGCUUGGAAGAUAACCAAGAGCGACUGUACUUGUAUCUAUUGUUUGCCGGCUUGGGAGGUGUUAUUGUGUGUAUAAUUAUUGUGACAGUUCACGUUUUGAUACAAAAGCACCACUCGUUUAGUUCCGAGACGCAAAUGUCACCCAUAGAUGAUUCCGGUAACGUUGGUAUGGAUACCGCAAUUCCUAAUGGAUUCAACGACACGAUAUCAGAGAUAGAUGCGGAGAUCAACAUACAGCCUGUGUCCAGUGUAUCGAAAAAAGAGAACUAUUUAACGUAUGGUCCGGAUAGUGGCAUAUACAACGGUCUCGGACCAUCUAACAGAGCUCAAAGCUCAUCGACGCUCGGACUGCAAGGAAGCACAACUAUGCCGCUAAGUGCAGUUGUCGGCGGAACCGGUUCCUCGGCUAUAAUGAGAAAUUCCGAACUAUGCGGACCUAGACAAUCUCCCGAUAUCAUCGGAAUUUCCUCAAAAGCGCAAAUACAGGUGGUCACAAACAACGCCAUGGAUUAUCAGACGGGCGUUAGUGGCAUACUUGCACCGGCAAGUGUGGUUGGCGGCAAGGGAUCGAGUGACAACACUUCACUAAAUUGUGGCACUGCUAUUCCAAUGACAUCACUAGCGCAAUACACAAACACGCCAACAAUUCGUGCAGGCUAUUUCAUCAACGCAGAGGGAAUACUGAAGCGACCCCCAAAUCUUCAAACCCCGCCAAUGACAACAUCUACUGCCAACAAUCAGUAUUUUACGACGUCAACAUUAGGUCGCAUGAAAACAUCCGCAAUUCCUUCCGUACUGCAGCAGCAACUGUCUUAUGAUGGCACCGCUCCACGUACUUUAUCGACUGGCGUCCCAGUAAACUCCCAAUUCUAUUAUGGAUGACGAAAUUCACAGGGAGGUGUAAAAAUAAAAUCUCUCACGAGUGAUACCUCUUGCCACAAAGUCGAAGCUAUCGCCCACCUCUCAUGUAAUGCAUCGAAAGUGCAGAAAGAGAAAUUCAAUGAGAGCAGCAAUGAAAAUGACAAUCCCGGUGCCAGCCACGAGGACGAAACGUCAGCGAAGAUGCAGGACACAGUGUAGCCGAAUCAGUCUUGGCUCAGGAAACGCAGAUAGCAGCUAAUGACGUGCAAUCUGAUAGAAUAAAACUUAUUGCUUUUGAAGGGGACUAAGCCAUUUAUGAACUGGCAAAAGACAUAGAAUUAUAAAUCGUUAUUUCGAGAUAUGUAUGUAUGUAUAAGUAUAGUACUCGACAUACAUUCACAUAUGUAUUUUAUAUGUAUGUAUGUACGACACGCACACGAGCAUAUUACGUAUAAUAUGUAUGUAUGUAUAAAUAUGUGAUGGGAUGCUGUAAGAAGUUGGUUUAUGUAUUAAGAAAAUAGCAUUAAGAUAGUUUACAGGGUGGUCCAUAUAGCGAUUUAUCUUUAAAAAUUCGAGAAAAUGAACGAAACUAGAUUUUUUUUCGGUAUUUAUUGGUUUAUUCGAACAUUCGCAUUAUUUACGGAACAUGAUUUCAUUCAAGUGUCUGCCUCGGUUGGCUUCACAGAAGCGCAUCCUGUUAACACCCAGUUUACCAAUACUUCGUGCUCUAUCUCACUCAUGACUUCCUCGAUACUCAUCUUACUGAAUCGGACUGAAUCGUUAAUGGGUUGUUCGCAAGCAGCGGUCCUUCACAGCACCACGCAAAAAAGUCUAACGGCGUCAUAUCGCUGCUUCGAGGUGGUCACUUGAAAUCGCCUAGAAGGCUGAUAAUACGAAUACCGAACUUAAUAAAACAUCGAUUGCGACAUGGGCUGUGUGUCAUGAUGCGCCACUCUUCUGAAACCAAAGAUCACACAAGUCCAUGCCUUUAAUUUUCGGCCUCAACAAAUUGUUUAUCGUGUCUCUGUACCGCUCACCGUUGACCGAAAUGGCGUUUCCAGCAGCAUUUUCUAAGAAAAUUGUGCCAAUUAUGCCAUCGAUCCGAAAUCAAGAACAGACUGUCACUCUCUGGGAAUGCAUUUGUGUUUAUAAUCAGAUGCGGGUUUUGCGAUCAACAGUCCAAGCGGCAGAAGAUGAUUUUUCGAGCAAAAUCGUUGUUCAUUAAGUUUGUAAUACUUACCAAGAUUGUUAAUGCGUAAAUCGAUUGAUUUCAUUUCGAUAUGAAACUGACUUUCUGUCAAAAGAGCUGCCAAUAUAUCAUAUGAUUAGGGCUUUCGCCUUAUUUGAAAUGGUGUUUUUGGGUGCUUCUUUAAAAGCGUGUAAAACGAAGCGAAAAAAGGCUUUUUAUUUUCGUUUUCAGUAUUUUAGUUUUUGAUCCAUUAUUAAAAAUAAAAUUUUGUUAGGCCAUACGAGGUUCGUUCAAAAAGUUGUCGAUCGUUUUCGUUUUCGUUUUACACGCUUUUAAAGAAACACCCAAAAACGAGCAUUUCAAGUGAGGCGAGGGCCUUAAAAGAAAAUUACUGUAUGGACCACCUGUACAGUCAUAAGUAUGAUAGUAGCGAGGCACAUCAAUAAGGUAGCAGCAGUAGAGGAAGACAACAAAGGAGUGUAUUUUGUUGUUGCUUGAAUUCUCUGGACAAUGCAAAACAGAAGAUAAAUAGAGUUUGACAGAAAUGAAAAUAAGUCAAAUCAGCUGCUCUACUCCUGCUGCCUUGAGCAGCAGUAAAUGUAAGGAUUACCUGUAUUUUGUUCAGUAGUUUUACGUUGUUUGAAAUUGAAAAGUUAUUUACAUUUUUUUCUGCUGCAUUGAAAGCAAAAAAGUAAAUUUUAAACCACGUAAAAAUACGUUUAUUAUUUGAUAUUAACUUAUUUUGCAAAGAGAAAAGUUGUACUGAAAUACCAUAACUCGCGGGUUAUGAAUCUGCGAUGUCUCGCUAAAAAAUGCUGCAAGCAGAAAUUACCACCCAUUUCAAUCCAUUAUCUCAUAUUACUGUUAUCUCUGUUAUUUAAUAAUUUAAGCGUUUUAAAAAAUUUUCUUGCAAUAACGAUUUAAUAUUAUAAUCAAUGAAUUGUUAAAUCACCAUUGCGCAGAAAAUCGCAAAAUGAAAAUAAAAACACCCCACAAACCGACUAAACGGAUUUCUAUGAAAACCGGAGUUGGACUGAUGGAACUUAUUUUUUUCCGGCCGAAGGUCGCUUACGCGGAAGAGAUUUCUGCAUGAAAGUAGUGUAGGUAAAACUGCUGGAAUAAAUUGUACGCGAAUUUUCCGAAGCCCCAUUACGAGGGUCGUUUGAGAAGUACGUGCAAAAAUAAAAGCUACUUAAUUGCUUUGGGCAAACCUUUCUUCAUAUUUCGACAUAGUCUCCUUUUAGGUUUACCCUAUGAUCAGAAGGUACUAGGAAUGUUUAAUUUAAACGAACUGCGCACGUGGGAACCGGCCCAUAUUUUUUUCUUAUGUUGUUAGGACUGUAAGACACCACACAUCUGUCACUUUUUAGCGCCAUCGGGUCAUUAGUGUCUGCCUGACCGUCCGGAAAUGUGGGCAAACAAUUCUUAGAUGUUGCAUGAUGAUAACGCUUCAUCGCACCGAGUCCAAAUUGUACUGGAUUAUCUGACCAAAUACCAAGUAAAUACCUUCGUGCAAACACCUGAUAUGGUUCCGUGCGACUUCUUUUUCUUUCUCAAGUUGAGGUUACCACUUCGUUGAAGGAGAUUUCAGUCGAUAGAGGAGAUCAAAGAGAAUGCCACGAAGGAGCUGAAGUCCAUCCCUUCGUCGGCCUACCAGAGGUGCAUGGAGGACUGGGUUAAACGUUGGCACAUGUGUGUUGCUUCAGACGGGUUAUAUUUUGAAGGAGGAAAACAAAUUUGCCUGAAAUUAAACUCUGUUUUGUUUUAUUUAAACAUUCCCGUUACUUUCAGAUCAUAGGGUAUAUUCUUCAUCCAAUGUUAUUCUAGUUGGUUGAUGCCUUCAAAAUAAAAGGAUUUGUCUAAGUCUGAAAAAUAACCAUUCGUUUCUGCAAUCACGACCUCAUUUGAAUAAAAUAUUUUUGCUGCCAGCCAUUUCCUCAAAUUGGGGAACAAAUAAUAGUCCGAGGGAGCCAGCCAAGUCUGGAGAAUAUGGCGAUAUGUGAAAUGAGUUGGAAUGCUAUUUUCAUUAAUUUUGUGGCCCCGACUGCUGAAACGUGAGCUGGUGUGUUGUCGUGAUGGAUUUCUGUCGUCACUUGACUGCUUCGAUUCAAACGAAUGCCGAACACAAGGAAAUAUGCCACGAUCUGGCUGAAAUUUGGUGUGUGUUCUUUCAAGAGAUGCUACUAACUAAGCAUGAUCUCGAAACACGACAGAAGUGUCAUCUUUCGGACUUUUCAAACGGCCCUCGUAAUUGAUUGGAUUAACCACAUCGACCAUUGUAACGUUUGAAAGAUUUUAAAUUCUUUCAAUCAAAAUUUCCGAUGCAAACGGCCCUCGUAAUUGAUUGGAUUAACCACAUCGACCAUUGUAACGUUUGAAAGAUUUUCAAUUCUUUCAAUCAAAAUUUCCGACGCUUUAUUGAGCUCGAUUUGUGUAAAAUUUGUUUAAUUUAAUUAAAUUAUAUACUUAAGCUAAUUUGCAAGACGUUUCCAUUGAAUUCAGUGCCUUCAUUUACUCAAAGCAAGUGAAAGCGCAAGAAAAAAUUGAGAUUUUUGACUCUUUUUCUAAGGACCCAUCAGGAGCUUAGGUGGUUGGGGCUGCAUUUUUGAAUAUGGCAAUACAUCUGUAGUCAUCUUGCAACAGAAAAGCAAGACAAUAGAAGCAGUACAGCAGCAGUUAGGUCAAAAGUUACGACUGCUAGGUUGUAUCUGUUUAAAAAUUAUUUUUCUAUUUCAAUCGAAAUUUUUGGUGCGUAUACAAUUUUAUUUUCCUAUACCCUCAAAGCAAGCGUGGGAGUAUCGGCUUUGGGCAUCACUGAUUUGGAGUCACAAUAAGAGGUCUAGCUGAUCUCUGGUACACACUAUCCCAAGAAUGAUAGAAACAAGAUUGCGUGACGUCACAUUAGUCUAGUUGUGUAGUGUUGCUCUUCGCAAUAAAUUUAGUGCUUUUUUAUACCCAAAAUAUGAAAUUUUUGGGUUUGCUGUUUCUUUCUUUUUUUCAAUAUGAAGCUACUAAAACACUCAGUUAAAAAAAAAUGUUGUAAUUAAAAAAAUGCUAAAAAGGCCACUUUGAGAAGAUUUUAGUGCUAUUGAAAUUUUUUUGAUUCUUAUAAAAAUUGAUGUUUUGAAAGUGCAAAUCACAUUUCUUGCUCCUUCAGAGGUUAUGCAAGAAUACUCUUCUUAACAUUUACAAUUUUUUUUAUAAAUUUUAAAAAGCCUUUCAAUUUACUGAAUACGAAUUAAAGCCAUAGAGGAGUAAUUAUAUGAAGAAGAAAAGAAAAAAGGAAGAAAUACCAGAUAAUACUGCAGAAACCAUAACGAGCUUUUUGAAAAAGGAGUACCUUGUUGUGAGAAGAAGACGAACAAACUUGGAAACACGCUCACGCACAAAUAACACACGAAUAUACACCAACACCAACAAUAAGCGCAAUCGCCGAUUGUGUGACCAGAUGAUAAAACAAAGUUAAGCUAAAUAGAAAUGCGUGAAUUAUUCAACUAAUUUUGAAAAAUUUAUAUAUUACAUAAUUAUUUAUAAACAUUAAAUUUUAAUUAGAACAGGCUAUAAAAAUAGCAGGAAGAAAGAACCAAAACUCCAAGGCUAGAGAACAAAAAAAUACUAAGUCGGGUCACGAAAAUGGUAAUCUGGUCACACCAAUCACCAAUUGGGCUAGUGUGACGUCAUGAAAAUCAGCUGAUAUUGUGAAAUUUGCUGCUAGAAAAGUAACGGAACUACGAUAGACGCCACCUCAUUGUUUUCUCCAACGUGACACUAUCAGUCAAAAUUCAAUAUGGCCGCUGACUAGCAGUAGUUAACUGUUGACUGUCGACUAGCGACUGACGAAAAAAAACUGCUACACACGCAAAGAAGUAUUCAAAUAUUGAUAUUCAAGCAUUGAAAUAAAACAGCGCCUUCAAUCAAAAACUCUAAGCCUAAAGACCAAAGACCAAAGCUCCUGGGUUAUGUGUCGAACCUUAAGUACUAUUCAUAGAGAUUUAAAAAUAUGUGCCGUGAAAGGUGAAAUAAAAAAAUUCAGUGAAUGACGUAAAGCCAAAUUACAGGACCAUCCCAAUCCUUUAGCAGUAGCAUUAAUACAGGCACCCGCUAUAAGCAGGUUAAAAGGAAAAAAAUUGUACUUGUAAACUAACUUGCACUUAAUGUAAAUAUAGAAGUUUAACACAAACUAGCAUGUAAUUAUGUUACUCUAACAUAAAAUAGCAAAUAAUUAUGUAAAUAUGUACUUAGGAUUUUAAGUUUUACUUUAAUUAUCCUGUCAGUGAAUAGAGUGUCAUUUGCUGGAGUGACAUCCACAAUUUGUUUGUACCUUAACAGCAAUUUACUUAUUGUUUAUUAAUGAUAAGAUAGGUUGUAAAUUUAACUUGAAUAAAAAAACUUUA